AUGCCAUUCAAUCCAAUUCGGGUCCUCAACCCUGCUCUCCGUUCCGCAGCCACUGCACCGCGCUUUCUUGCCUCUCGUAGCUUCCACACAUCUCUGCCCAGAAUGACUAUCCACAACAUCGAGACCCUCGAUGGCUUCAAGGAGACCAUCGCCAAGAACCCAAUCGUGGUCCUCGACGCUUUUGCAACGUGGUGCGGCCCCUGCAAGGCCAUCGCGCCGCUAGUCGCCAAGUGGUCGGAAUCGCCCGAAUUCAAGGACACUGUCUACUUUGCAAAGUUCGACGUCGACCACCUCCCCGACCUGAGCCAGGAGCUCGGCAUCCGCGCCAUGCCCACCUUCAUCAUCUUCAAGGACGGCGAGAAGGUCGACGAGUUCGUUGGCGCCAACCCCGGCCCCCUGCAGAGCCUCGUCACAAAGUACGCCACCGCCGCCGCCUGA